CCAACUAACUCUCCACUGACCGAACCCCAAAAAUCAUUUUCACAGAAGAAAAGGAAAAUCACAAUUUGACCACUUUCUCUCAAAAAACUCUCAUUUACACCCCUGUGAAGCAAACCACCAGCAUCAUCAACCUCAAGCAGCAGCAUGUGUGGCGGUGCUAUCAUCUCUGACUUCAUACCUCCGACCACCACCGCUCGAUCUUCUCGGCGGUUUGCGGAGGGAUUGGAGUGGCUUGGUAUGAAGAAACCCUUCAACAACAAGAAGUACUCGAAGCCAGUUGUUAUUAAUCUUGAUGAUGAUUUCGAGGCUGACUUUCAAGAGUUUAAGGACGAGUCUGAUGUCGAUGAGAAUUAUGAUGUCUUUGUUGAUGCCAAGCCUUUUUCUUUCUCUGCUACUGCUUCUGCCCCUGCUAAGAAACGUUCUGCACCUGUUAAAUCUGCUGAUUUCAGUGGGCAAGCUGAAAAAUCAGCAAAGAGGAAGAGAAAGAACCAGUAUAGAGGAAUCCGGCAGCGCCCAUGGGGAAAAUGGGCUGCCGAGAUUCGUGACCCCAGGAAAGGGGUACGUGUCUGGCUGGGAACGUUCAAUACUGCAGAGGAAGCUGCAAGGGCGUAUGAUGCUGAGGCGCGUAGAAUUCGUGGCAAGAAAGCUAAGGUGAACUUUCCUGAUGAAGCUCCACUUGCUUCAUCAAAGCAGUCAAUUAAGGAAAACUCACGGAAACCACUUCCAAAGACAAAUUCAAGCCAGUCUUUCAGUUACUUGAGCAACCCAGAACUGAAUUAUAAUAAUAUGGGCUUUGUGGAAGAGAAACCACUAGUUAAUCAGUUUGGAUCAAUGAAUUCUUUUCCAGUCAAUGGAGAUUCUGGGAUGAAGACCUUAGCUCCAUCUGACAGUGCUCCUAUGUGUUUCAAUUCUGACCAGGGGAGCAACUCAUUUGAUUGUGACUUUGGGUGGGGAGAACAAACCCCAAUGACUCCUGAAAGCUUGACUGUUCUUGCAGCUACACCAGAAGCUGAUGAAUAUCUCCUUGCUAAUCCUGAGGAGUUGGAAUCAUACUCCGAGAAUGCAGUGCCUGCUGAAGAGAAGAAUGGAAAAUCCCUGUCUGAAGAGUUGCUGGCGUUUGACAGUCAGUUGAAAUACCUUCAGAUGCCAGAUGCUGAGGUUAGUAGCUGGGAGGCUUCUCUUGAUAGCUUCCUUAAUGCAGAGACAACUCAGGAUGGAACAAAUGCAAUGGACUUGUGGAGCUUCGAUGACUUCCCCUCUAUGGUUGGGGGAGUUUAUUGAGCCAACUUUCUGUGCUUGCUAGGCUCUGUAAAUAACAAGGCUACAUGCUCGGAUGGUUGUUUAUCUGAGAUGGGGCUGGAGUACAAACACAGCUGAACAUGCAUAAGCCUUAGUAUGGGAGAAGCAUUCUCAGGAGCUUUUGCCAUAUAAAAGUAGGAGUUGGGUAUCUAGUUCUCGUUUUGUUACAUUUGAAGUCAUUGAACCUGGGAAUGUUGGAUUUGAUGACUGUAAAUGACAAUAUGGUGUGUGUGAUUUGUGUUGAAGACUAAAUCCAUAAAUUUCAACUCUUCUGUUGGUUUCCCUCA